AUGUCGGCCACGAGAAUGCGCAGCCGCAGCAAUGCGCACGGCCACGAGGAAGUAAUCCCAGGCACGCGACGCCUGUACGACGACCACGGCAAUUCCCUGACCAGCGACUCGUCGCUACAGAAGACCGCCGCCGGCAUCGUACUUGUUCCGCAACCCACGGACUCGCCCAACGAUCCCCUCCGCUGGGGAUUGUGGCGCAAGAUAUGGCAUUCGCUUCUCGUCCUGUACAUGGUUGGCUUGACGGCCGCCACGUCCAACAAUGCUGGCUCUGGGUCCGACGGCGUCAACGAAGAGUAUGGAAUCAGCUACGAUGUUUUCAACACAGGCGCCGGUGUCUUGUUCAUCGGAAUUGGGUACUGGGCGCUGCUGAGCUCGCCGCUUGUGCACUUGUACGGGCGCAGGCUGGGCUAUCUUAUCUCGCUUAUCUUCAACAUCGGCGGCCUCAUCUGGUAUGCGCGCAUCGACAACAGCGGCGGCGUUGUGUGGAGCCAGCUGUUUGUCGGUGCUGCUGAAUCUGUCGCCGAAGCUACCGCACAAUUGUCUCUGUUGGAUCUUUGGUUCGAGCAUCAGGUUGGCAGUGUACUCGGUAUAUACACCUUUGCCACCGCCAUUGGCACGUAUUUGGGUCCUCUCAUUGGUGCCUAUGUAGCCUCGGGACUUGGCUGGCGCUGGAUCGGCUAUGUCGGAGCUAUCAUCUGCGGUGGCAGCCUCAUCGUCUUUUACCUUGGUCUGGAAGAGACGGAAUUCUCACGCGACCGCUAUAUUGCUGGCCGCGGUCAAAUCGUGACUGAAGCGGAGCAGCCAGUCGAGAAGGGACAUGGGGAGGUUGAUGCAGAAAAGUCACUGUCGAUUCCAGUUGCGACAUCUGCACGUCGCACGUCCAUCUCACACAAGAAGACGUAUCUGGAGCGCAUCCGCAUCAUUACCCCAGCACCAAACCUCCGCGGGACAGGUUUCCAGCAGUACCUCAAUCGACUAUGGCACACGCUGCGAGUCUUCACUUUCCCUGCCGUGUGGUAUGCAGGUCUGCAGUGGGGAUUUCAGCAGUCCUGCCUCACAUUCUAUUUGACGGUUCAGGAGGACUGGUGGUAUGGUCCUCCCUGGAAUUACGGCUCUGCCGCCGUCGGCAACAUGAAUCUCCCAACGCUGAUCGGCAGUCUGAUCGGCUGCGCCUACGGCGGCUAUGGCAGCGACGCCUUUAUGCAGUGGAUGAUCAAGCGCAACAAAGGAGUCAUGGAAGCUGAGUAUCGCCUGUACCUCAUGGCUCUCUGCACGCUGAUCUUCCCUACCGGCAUGUGGCUGUUCGGCAUCGGUUCGGCCCGUGGGUGGAGCUGGCCGGUUCCAUAUGUCGGACUGGGAUUUAUCGGGUUUGGGUAUGGCUGUGCGGGAGACUUGAGUUUGUCGUACCUGGCAGACUCCUUCCCCGACAUGGUUCUCGAAGGCAUGGUAGGCGUCGCCGUCAUCAACAAUACGCUUGCCAUGGUUUUUACCUUCAUCGCGAGCCCCUGGAUCGAUUCCGGUAUGGAGAACUGUUUCAUCGUGCUGGGCGUGCUUGGGUUCAUCGUGAUGGGUCUGAGUCUCCCUAUGGCAAUCUGGGGAAAGCGCACGAGGAAGUGGUCGCGCGAUCGCUAUAUGACGUUUGUAGAAAUUCGCGAUGGUUUCUCCAGGUGA